GAGAGAGCCGGCGGCGCCCGCGGCGCGCGGAGCCGGGAGGAUGCUGCUGUCCCUGGUGCUCCACAUGUAUUCCAUGAGCUGCGUGCUGCCGGCCGCCGUGCUCCUGGGCACCGCGCCCACCUACGUGCUGGUCUGGGGGGCCUGGCGGCUGCUCUCGGCCUUCCUGCCCGCGCGCUUCUACCGGGCGGUGGACGACCGGCUCUACUGCGUCUACCAGAGCACGGUGCUCUUCUUCUUCGAGAACUACACCGGGGUGCAGAUAUUGCUAUAUGGAGAUUUGCCAAAAAAUAAAGAAAAUAUAAUAUAUUUAGCAAAUCAUCAAAGCACAGUCGACUGGAUCAUUGCUGAUAUCUUGGCCAUCACGCAAGACGCUCUCGGACACGUGCGCUAUGUGCUCAAAGAUGGGCUCAAAUGGCUUCCAUUGUAUGGGUGUUAUUUUUCUCAGCAUGGAGGGAUCUAUGUAAAGAGAAGUGCCAAAUUCAAUGAAAAGGAAAUGAGGAAAAAGCUGCAGAGCUACAGCAACGCAAGAACUCCAAUGUAUCUUGUGAUUUUUCCGGAGGGCACAAGGUAUAAUCCAGAGCUAACUAAAGUCAUUUCAGCUAGUCAAGCAUUUGCUGCUCAAGAAGGCCUUCCAGUAUUAAGACAUGUGCUGACACCGAGAAUAAAGGCGACUCAUGUUGCUUUUGACUCCAUGAAGAAUUAUCUCGAUGCGAUUUAUGACGUCACGGUGGCUUUCGAAGGAACUGUGGAUGACAGAGGGCAGCGGACGGAGGCGCCGUCCAUGGUCGAAUUUCUCUGCAAAGAAUGUCCAAAAAUUCAUAUUCACAUCAAUCGUAUAGACAAAAAAGAUGUCCCAGAAGAACAAGUGUACAUGAAAAGAUGGCUUCAUGAACGUUUUGAAAUAAAAGAUAAAUUGCUUAUAGAAUUCUAUGAUUCAUUGGACCCAGAAAGAAACAGAUUUCCUGGAGAAAGUGUUAAUUCUAAACUAAGUCUCAAGAAGACCUUACCAUCAUUCUUGAUCUUAAGUGGUUUGACUGCUGGUAUGCUUAUGACCGAGGCUGGAAGGAAACUGUAUGUAAAAACGUGGAUUUAUGGAACCUUAAUUGGCUGCUUGUGGGUUAGUAUUAAAGCUUAA